AUGGGACCAUUCCAAGAGUAUGAGGUUAGUCUUUCGAAACAGGAAAAGAAGUCUCCACAGAAAGGGAGUCCUCGGAGUCGCAUCCCACGUUUGGUCCUCCAUCCCUUUCAGCCAAAGGGUGUCAAAUCACCUCUUUCUGACUCCCCUUUCUCAGAAGAAGAUGGCAAAGAGUGUGAAGUCAGCUCAGAUCACUCCAAGAGGACCAUCAGCUCCAACAGUUUUUAUUCAGAUGACACCGGCUGCCCCACUAGUCAGUCUGUGUCCCCCUCCAAAACUCCAUCAGGCUCUGAGGAGAGUACCCAUAAGUCACCAACACUCCCCGAGCGAAAGGUCAACGUGAAGAGGGUACGGGUUAUAGCGGAGUGCAGUCGCGAACCACGGAGUGCUCCGAGGCACAAGAAGAAGCUGAGGUCUGCCAUGAAAGUCAGAGGAAGUGAGGCUGAUUUCAGCUCUUCCAGUAGCACGGGGAGCCUAAAGACCAGGGAGAGUACCACCAAAUCAAAUGGAAAGAAAGCUCCAUGUCACAGGUAUUAUACAAAUUUCAGCUUGCUCCCAGUCUUCAAACCGGCAGGGAGUCCUUCUGCCAACCGUGAUGCAGAACUAUAUGCUCCCUACAGGACUCGAGCCAGAGCUGCAUUUUCAAGUAGCAGCUGCAACUCUAGCCCUACAUCCAGAAGAGCGAACUUGAGCCGCUACCAGUCAUGUGGUGAUAACCAUGGAAUCAGACCCCCCAACCCUGAGCAGUACCUCACCCCUCUGCAGCAGAAAGAAGUGACCAUCAGACACCUGAAAACAAAGCUGCUGGAGUCUGACAACCGGGUGCAUGACAGAGAAGCAGAAAUUGAGGAUCUCAAAGGCCAACUCUGCAGAAUGAGAGAAGACUGGAUUGAGGAGGAAUGUCACCGAGUAGAGGCCCAACUGUCCCUCAAAGAAGCUCGUAAGGAAAUCAAACAGUUGCGCCAGGUUGUGGAGACCAUGAAGAAUAGCCUAAUGGAAAAAGAUAAGGGAAUACAGAAGUACUUCAUAGACAUAAACAUCCAAAACAGGAAGCUGGAGUCGCUGCUACAAAGCAUGGAACUUGCUCAGAGUGGUGUCAGCCUUCAAGACGAAAACACACACGACUUCUUCUUUGACAGCCCCAAGAGGGGCAGGAAGAAGCUGGCAGGAGAGGAAGAAGGUGGGAUGGAGCUAGGAGAUCAAGGGGUAGAGGCCAUGGCUGAUAGUGGGCUGCUAAUAAAUGAUGAGAUGGCCAACAGAGCUGACAUUCUGGAGCAGGUCUUAAUGUCCACUGCAGUUGAUUUCAAUCUGGACUCGAUCAACAAGCCAAAGCCUGGGAUGGAGUUGGACUCUGCAGUGUCCAUACUGUCUGAAAUAUCCAAUCCACUGCCACUAGCUAUAUCAGCUACUGUUUCCAGCAACAUUUCGCACUCUCUGAAGAAGACCGAAGAUAAAGGCAUCCAGACUGACAUAAUGUCCAUGUCACUAGAGCUUCAGGCUUUUCUUUACCAGCUUCUUCGACUCGAAGGGAAUAGAGGGCCUACAUUGUCCUUCUCCAGCGCUCUUUUGGGUCUGCCAAAGCUGCCCACUUUCACUUACGCACAUUCCCCUUACAUGAUAGCUCCCAUACCUUACAUGCUAUCCCCUGCUUCCCUUGACAGCACAGUCAUUGCUAACGACGCUGGCUUGGGUUGCUCAGAUCUGGCAGAGAGGCCAAGGUUCAUGGAUGAGCUGGAUUUUGACACAAGCACAGAAAAAAACCCUCCAUCACCAGGGCUGGGUGUGGUCAGCAAGCGUUACUGGAGCAAUAGUUUUCUGGUGGAUCUGGUUGCCGUGGCAGCACCUGUGCUACCCAUAUUGGUCUGGCUGUACUCUCAGCACGGUGUGGUCAAAAGCACUCCGGCCAACAUCGCAUCUCUCAUCAGGGGCUGUUGCAUCAUGGGAUUGCACUCUCUUCGUCACAUUGCUCACAGGCCAAAUGUGUAA